UCCCUACUCAAACGUCAUAUGAGAACACAUACAGGAGAGAAGCCGCACGCCUGUGAUGUCUGUGGUAAAGCAUUCUCCACUUCGUCCUCCUUGAACACACACCGGCGGAUCCACAGCGGCGAGAAACCCCACCAGUGUGGAGUAUGUGGAAAGCGAUUCACGGCUAGCUCCAACCUCUACUACCACAAGAUGACACACAAUAAGGACAAGCCCCACAAGUGUCAGAUGUGUUCCAAAUCGUUCCCUACCCCCGGCGACCUGAGAUCCCACAUGUAUGUACACAAUGGUUCCUGGCCUUUCCGCUGUGACGUGUGUAACCGGGGAUUCAGCAAACAGACCAAUCUGAAGAACCAUCUUCUUCUCCACACCGGUGACAAACCACAUGAGUGUCCAACAUGUGAGAAGAAAUUCGCCCUUUACUGCAACUUAAAGACCCAUCUAAAGACACACGAAGAUGAUAACCAAGGCAGUUGCAUGGAAUGCGGAAGAACAUUCCUGAAGAAAGACGACGCCACUUCUGAUAAGUGCUCUGACUGCAGAAGAUCUGCUUCCCCUAAGAAAUCUCCAUCCAACAGGAAACAACUGAGUGACUUUAGUAUAUCAAAGCUAACAAAUGACGAGAAUACCGUGUCCACAACAACUAAAAGUCCACCCAAACCAACAGACAUUUAUGACCCCAGAUUAUUUUCCUUCUACAACCCCAUGAUGCUGAUGACGCCGCCAUCUUCCCGGUAUUUAAGCCAAGAACACAUUCCAGUUGGCUACUUGCCUGUAUUUGGAGGUAUGAGUGUACCGGAAGCUCGAUAUGCGCAAUCAUUAAGUGGACUGGUUCCAAGAUUCAACCCAGCUUUACCCAUACCGGAAGCUGCCUACCAGUCACAUGCUGCAAUGGCGUCACUACGACAUCAAGAGUAUUCUGGACUCAUUGCGAAUGAAAACUUGCUUGUUGUUGAAAAUGUGGAAAUGCCAUGUCCAGCAACUGAGGGAGCAACAGGCGGUGGGGACAAGGAUGAUGAUGACAGUGGUGAUAAUAUGGAUGACAGACAGGCUAACCUUGUGGAUACUGACAUGGAGAAGCGUGUCAACAUUGUUUCCUGA